AUGAGAACCGAUUUCACGAGCAUUGACACCACAGCUCUUGGAACCAUGAAAGUGACCUCGAGAGUUGGGGAGAACUGGUUGAGUUUUUUUUCCAUGGAAAAUGGGAUUUUAAAAUGUUUUUAA